CGCGUCCAAGGCGCUCGAGCUGGAGCAAAGCGCGGGGGCGGUCGGUUUGCCGAGCGAGCAGUACUACUCGGAGCCGUACGGCCAAGCCGCGUACGGAGGGGCCGGGCAGCAGAGGAUGAGGGGGCAGCUCGGGGCUGGCGGGGCUGGCAGGGGGCGAGGGCGAGGCGGGCCGGGAGGAGGGGGGGCGUGGGGCGGGGCGGGAGGAGGGGAGCUUUACGGGCCGCCUUUCGGCCAGCCCGUGCCCGGCUCUGUGCGGGGUCGCGCCAUGCGCAGCAACCGCGAGGCGUUCGGGGGGCGGUGAACCGCCUUCCCCCCCCCCCCUCUCUCCUCCCUCCUCCUCCUUCGGCCUCCCUCCUCCCUUCUUCCUCUUGGGCCUCCUCCACUACCGCUUCCGCCGCCGUCGAGGCCGCUUCUUCCUCGCCGCGGCGGCGGCCUCACGUCCCAUGCGUUGCGGCACCCACGCCCGCGUAGGUCGGCCGCGGGGGAAGCUCCCCCCCCCCCCCUCCCCGCCCCCGCCCUCCCCUGCUCGACCCCUUGCGAGGGCGGGCGGUUCACCCGCGCGCCCUCCUGCCGUCCGGACUCUGUGACUCCCGCCCCGGCCCGAGCCUCUCUUCUCUCUCUGUGCGCGAGCGGAGCUGGCCUUUGCGGGGGGGUGGCGGGUGGCGGACGGGACCCACCACUUGUUCCUUACUCGUGUGCGCCUGUGUAAUUGCGUGUGU